AUGUUUCCAUUUCUUGGUUCUCCCGUAAAAAUAUAUAGUAAUCCAGAAACUGUAAAAAUUAAUGUUCGAGGCAAAGAGACCAAUGAAAUUAAAUUGCUUGAUUAUAUUUCGGAAAAAUGUCCUUCUCUUAUAGGCAAAAAUGCUGUGUAUUAUCCUACUUUGUGGCUUCCAAAUGGACACUUGCAAAGUGCUUAUGCUGCCUACGCAAACUUUGAUGGAAUUCAUUUAAUCAACUAUGAAAGGAAAUUCGUAGAAACACCUGAUGGCGGUCAGAUCGCUGUUGAUUGGACUCCUUCAAUAUCUCAAAAACCUUUUGAUAAUACACCGACAAUUGUUGUAUUACAUGGAUUAACUGGAGGGAGUCAUGCAUCAUACAUUAGAUGUUUACUUGAAGUUCUUAUAAAUCCACCUCAUAAUUAUCGUGCCGUUGUGAUUAAUUUUCGUGGGUGUUCUGAAUCACAAAUUACAUCACCUAGGCUUUAUUCUGCUGGAGUAACUGAUGAUUUACGAACUUGUUUACAAUAUAUUCAAAAAUGUAUUCCAAAUUCACCGUUGAUUGCUGUUGGAUUUAGCAUGGGUGCUAAUUACCUUGGUGAGGAAGGCGAAAAAACGCCAUUGAUUGCAGCCGUAUCCGUUGCCAAUCCAUUUGAUCUCGUCGGAGGAGGCAAGGCUUUAGUACGAACAUAUUUGGGUAAAUACAUAUAUUCGCCAAUUCUUGCGAAAGGUCUUAAAGCUUGCCUUAAAAGACAUGAACAUAUUAUGAAACAAGAUAAGAGAAUUAAUAUUUCCACAGCCAUGACGUCACAAUCUAUUCGUGAAUUUGAUACCCACGUAACAUCUAAAUGCUUUGGUUUCGAUACCGUGGAUCAUUACUAUCGAGAUGCUAGUUCUUACUUUUACGUUACUAAAGUACGCGUGCCUUUAUUGUGCCUUAAUGCUGAAGAUGAUCCUAUUGUACCUCCCGAGUGUCUACCUUUUGAUGAGAUAAUAUAUAAUCCAAAUUGUAUUUUGGCUACCACUUAUUAUGGUGGUCACCUUGGGUGGUUUACUGGCUUUCGAUCUCCUACUAAAUGGUGCAUAAAGCCACUUAGUGAAUUCUGUAUCGCUAUUUUUGAGGCCAAUGAUUCAAAUGCAGGGUCAAAACCAAUUUCAGAAACAAUCGAAGAUGAUACAUCUUCAAGCGAAGGAAGUACAGCUGUUGAUA